AUGUCUGAAUAUUUGAACGUAUUGGAAAAACAUCAACACGACGAUAGUAUUAAACGUGAAUACUAUCUUGAACAUCAGAGUUUUAACAACUCGUACGAAAACAACGAUGAGAUUCGCAUUGAAGUGCGCAACAAGGAGAAGUUUACAGUGCCCUGUGAGAGUUAUCUGCAAAUUGAAGGAUCUCUGGAAAAACCGGAAGGAGCCUCGGGUGAAAUGAUUCUUACACAGAACGGACUCAUGCAUUUGUUUGACGAGAUCCGCUAUGAGAUUAACGGCAAGGAAAUUGACAAGGUUAAAAACGUCGGAGUAGUGACUACAAUCAAAGGGUACUGUUCGUUUACACCCAGUGAUAUAGCUCGUUUGCAACCUGCCGGAUGGAAACAUGUGAAAGACAACCAAACUAGUCGGGACCUGAUGGAUAAAACCGAGUUUGUAGCUCAAUAUCCAUUGUCUGCAUGCAUGGGUUUUUUCGAACGGUUUCGGCGUGUACUAAUCAACUGUACACAAUCACUUGUGCUCAUCCGAUCGAGCCGGGACAUUGGAGCCAUCGAGUGUGUAACACCGGAAGAAAGCAAGAAGGCUGAAGGGUUAGCUGAAGCAAACGUUGCACUGCUCAAACAGACCGCCGUAAAAAUAACUAAAAUCAAAUGGAUUGUCAAAUAUUUUGAUCCUAAUGUUAAAACCGAAUUGAGUCUAAUGCGCAUACUGGAUGGAAAGCGAUGGUUGCCUUUGGACUAUCAACAAUGGGACAUUGCUGUAUACCCUUUGGUGCCUCAAACAACUCAUCACACAUGGUCGGUACGGACAUUUUCAAACGUUGAGAAACCCCGUUAUCUACUCAUUGCAAUGGGCAAAGAACGUUCCAUAAUGUCAAAAUCAGACUUUCAUCACUGUACACUGCGCAACGUCAAGGCAUACUUGAACUCAGACGAGUACCCGUACGAGAACUACAAUGCCGAUUUCGAAGCUGGCAAAUACACCUCAAUGUACAAUUCAUAUGCACGUUUUCAAACAAUGUACUAUGGACGUACCAAUCCUCAACCUUUACUCGACCGUGUCCACUACAAGAAACUCGGACCAAUCAUAGUUAUUGACUGUUCGAAACAGAAUGACACUGUUAAGUCAUCUACGGUUGACUUGCGUUUGGACUUUGAAUGUGCCAAAGCUUUUCCACAAAACACUUCAUUAUACUGCGUGAUUAUUCACGACUGUCAGAUGGAAUACAAUGCAUUUAGCGGAGAAGUUCGUAAAUUGUAA